AUGGGGAACUUAUCAUUCACCGUCGAUUUGGAAUUCACCAACUCUGUUGAUGGUGACCGUCUACACCCUUCAACACCCAAAUACACACAACAUCGUGCUGUGGAAGAUAAUCCGGCUCUAUCUGUGAGUCUAAAUUUGGCUCUAGAUAGCACAACUAUUAUGUCCAAUUCAUGUUUUUCCAGCGCCGCUCAAGGUGCACCAAUCGAGCCGAGUCCGUUCCAAGUUACUCGACCCUUGGGAUUGCCCGCUCAAUUGGCUGAUCGACGUACGAUCCGUUUAGACUAUGGACCAGCCCACAUCACAUCUAUUCAGUUUGAACCAUUAUACUCCGCCAACCCGUCCCGCCUUUGCUUUCCUCAGUCGCCUGGUCGAUCGAUGCAUGCAGCUGGUUUGGGAGGUAGAAGGCUACUCGUGAGUCAUAUGUACGCUCCGGUAUUUCUAUUUGACCUGAACAAAGAAGAGUUACCCGAUGCGUGUGAUCCACAGAUCGGGAAUUCAAUGGAAUGUUGGCUUGAAAGACAGCGUGUACAGCGUCAGUCCGGGCAGGCCGCUGAUCCCGAAGGAACGGCUUCCAGCGAUGAGGAAGAGGUAUCCGAACCUCCGGACACCAGACUGACCUCAGACAAUUCCAAUGAUACUCGAUCUGGUCAACCAGGCGAGGAAGAACAGCCAUCCCUAUCGUCUCCAUUCGAAAUGCUUUCCGAGUAUGUGGCUAAAGUGUUGGCUUCCGCCCCAAGAGCUCGUCAAAUCAUGGCCUAUCGAGGUCGUCGAAGUUGCCGCACUGUGAUCAAAGAGGCCGUAUUCUGGGGUCGUGAUUUUAUCAUGUCCGGGUCCGAAUGUGGUCACGUGAUUGUGUGGAAUCUUAUCGCUUGUAGUGGUAUCGAUUGCUCGGUGAAAAUUAUCGAACCGGAUCCGAGCAGUUUCGAAAUGAAUACGGACUCGGACGACGCGUUCUCGGAGAUUGUCAAGGAGCACGGGAUCAAAGCGUCAACCGUCUGUGAUAUCAAUGCGAACCAUAUGCGCAUUUCGCUUCGUGCCGGCUCAUAUUUCUUGGAACGUCUCGCGCGAAUUCGUACUGGUCAAGCUGGCUCAGAGGAGUUGACGGACGUGGUUGAAGUGGAUCCCCCGAUCAUCUAUCCGCAUGGAAUCUCGCUGAAAUGGAGCAUAAACAGACCACCUCCGGUGAAGUGGAUAACUGUUGCGUCACUGGACAAUGAAGAUCGAUUACGAAUUUAUCAUCUUCCACCCGAUGCACCCGAGGGGCACAAUAUUUACUGGAAAGAUCCUCCAUCGCAGAAAAAUGUGAGAAACUAUGUGAUCCAAGGAGAGACAGCCGAUUCCGAGACAUAUACCCAACGCGAAUCCUAUCCGUACAACUGGACCACACUGACCGAAUUUCCCAAGACUCGUAACUACACCGUACGCAUGAGAGCAGAAAAUAGUUGUGGUCUGUCCGCACCAUCGAAUGCAGUGGAACUGGAAAAAAUUGAACUUAUUAAAAAGCCAAUUUCUCUCGUCGUGGAACCCUCGGACACUACUAUAUUUCUGGCUUUCACUCCGGACCCGACGGACUACAUGCAACCACAGUCAUUCCGGGUUGAAUACGUCAUGAAAGACGGAACGGUCAAGAAGCUCAGUCUGAACGGAGAUGAAACAAGUGUCGUCCUCACAGAGGGUUUGACGGAAUGUUUCGAUCACGUAAUCCGAAUUUACGCAGUUGGUCCGGCAGGGGACUCGGAGCCACUCGAGGUCGUCGCGAGCCUCCAAACCAUGAGUACGUUUCUGCUUGAUGUCAUUUAA